AUGACAAGAAUUAAAAUCAUACCACCAAAACGUCCGACUCCUGAUAGACAGUUUAUGGUUAAGUUUCGUUAUACAUUAAAAGUAGAUGAAGGGGAAGAAAAUAAAACUGAAAGUAAAGCGGAUGAAUCACAGGAUGAAGGAACAAUCUCUCAAGGAUUAGAAGAACAACAAUUAGAUAUAAAUCAAGUUAAAUUAGAAAAUGAUGAAAUGGAAUUAGAUUCAAUUCAAAAUUACCAAGAUGAUAUACGGAGUGAAGAAUUGGUUAAAAAGGAAGAUGAUGGAAAUACAAAAGAAGUUAAACAAGAAGUUGUUAUUGAUCAAGUUGAUAAAAUUGCUGAUGAAGUUGAUACAAAUGGUUUACUCAAUGAGGCUAAUGAUACAAAUGGUGAUGAUAACAAUGAAACCAAUGAUAUCAAUAGCAAUAAAAUUCCACCAAAAUUGAAUGAAAAAAUUACACCAAUUGACCAGGAUUAUUAUUCAAAAUUAGAUGAAGAAUCUUAUCCAUUUAGCUUUAAAUAUCCUCCAAAAUUACAAGAAUAUGAAAAACCUCAAGAUCAAGUUUCAAAUGAGUUAAUUCAAAAUCAUAUAAAUAUUGAAUCUAGAUUGUUAAAAAAUUUACAAAAUUAUAAACAAAUUUCUAUACAAACUGAAUCAAAUUGGGAAUCCGAAUCAAAUCAAAUAGUUAAAACAUUAAAAAAUUGGAAAAGAUUAUUCAAAAUCCUUGAAUAUAAGAAAAAACAAAUAAAAAAAUCACAACAACAAUCAACAAUAAAUCAAUUCAAAUCAAAUGAUACUCAUAAUCCAGAUAAAGAAAUAAAUUUAUCAUCAAAUGAUAGUAGUAAUGGCCAUGAAGAAAGUUCAGAAUCAAGUGAUAAUACAUCAAAAAUAUCAAAUCCUACUAUAAAACCAAUUAAAAAGCGUAAAGUUUUAGGAAAUCAAAAAUUAGAAAUAACAAUGAAUCAUGGAUUACCUGCGAUUAAUAUAGAUUCUAGGAAAACAAGAUCAACAAGAUCAGGGAGGUAA